AUGUUGACCUCCUCUCUCCUGAUGCUCGCUCUCGCUGCAACGGGCUUGGCCCAGGCCCCCGAGGGAUACCGAACUGUGUACAUCACCUCGAUGGUGAACAAGAAGUUUGUGGUGCAGCCAAAGACGGCCACUGCCGGCAGCACACUCGUGGUGCAGACGCUAAGCAACAAACCCGAGCAGCAGUGGUAUCUGACCACCGGCAAGAGCAAGAUCCAGCUCGCAGGCACUAAGCUCUGCAUGGAUGCAGGCACCAAGAGCAACUGGAAGGACAUGGCCAACAUCAGCCUCAAAGAUUGUUCCGACACCGAGGACGGCCAGAAGUGGAACGUCAUGGCCGACGGUCGCAUCGCUCUAGAGCUGUCAAGUCCCCAGGAGUGCAUCGAUCUCCAAUACAUGCGGGCCACUGCCAACAACCCUGUCGGUCUCUAUGCAUGCGCGGGUCUGGGCAAUAUUGGAGCAGCGGACAAGGGAAUCAAUUGGCCUCUUGUCGAUGCCACUGCUGGUGCUUAA